CAGUCUCCUUUCCCCCUUCGUGGCGGCCAAAUGAUGAACUUUCUGCGGCGCAGGCUUUCGGACAGCAGCUUCAUCGCCAACCUGCCCAAUGGCUACAUGACCGACCUGCAGCGGCCGGAGCCCCAGCAGCCUCCCCCGCCAGCAGCAGCAGCGGCAGCGGCGGCGGCGGCGCUGCUUCCUCGUCGUCCGGCCUCGGCUUCCCCGGCCUCGGAGCGCAGGCAGCCUCAGUCGGCGGCAGCGCCGCCGCCCCAGCAGCCGCCCCAGCAGCAGCAGCAGCAGCAGUCGGUGGGCAGCAGCUUCUUCAGCUCGCUCUCCAAUGCUGUGAAGCAGACGGCAGCCUCGGCGGGCUUGGUGGACGCCGGCUCGUCCUCCUCGGCGGCUGCCAAAAAGUUCAAGCUGCUCCUGGUCAUCGAUGAGCCUCACACGGACUGGGCCAAAUCUUUUCGUGGGAAAAAGGUCCAUGGGGAAUAUGACAUUAAAGUUGAACAGGCACAGUUUUCAGAGGUCAAUUUGAUAGCUCAUGCUGAUGGCAAUUAUGCUGUUGACAUGCAGGCAUUCCGAAAUGGCACUAAAGUUGUUAGAUCAUUCAGGCCCGACUUCGUUCUUGUUCGACAACACUCGUUCGGCAUGGCAGAAAAUGAAGACUUCCGUAACUUAAUCAUCGGGAUGCAUUAUGCUGGCAUCCCAAGCGUUAACUCCCUAGAGUCAAUCUUCAACUUCUGUGACAAGCCCUGGGUGUUUGCUCAGUUGGUGUCCAUCUACAGAACCUUGGGACCAGAGAAGUUCCCUUUAAUUGAGCAAACCUUUUAUCCCAAUCACAAGGAAAUGCUGACAUUGCCAACAUUUCCUGUUGUUGUGAAGAUUGGACACGCUCAUUCGGGCAUGGGAAAGGUCAAGGUAGACAACCACUAUGAUUUUCAGGAUAUAGCCAGUGUCGUAGCACUCACUCAGACCUAUGCCACUACUGAACCCUACAUAGACUCCAAAUAUGACAUCAGGAUCCAAAAGAUAGGCAACAACUACAAAGCAUACAUGAGAACUUCAAUAUCUGGAAACUGGAAGACAAACACUGGAUCUGCAAUGUUGGAACAAAUUGCCAUGUCAGAUAGGUACAAGCUUUGGAUUGACAGCUGUUCAGAGAUGUUUGGAGGUUUGGACAUAUGCGCUGUCAAAGCAGUUCACGGCAAGGAUGGGAAGGAUUAUAUUUUUGAGGUUAUGGAUUGUGCCAUGCCUUUGAUUGGUGAGCAUCAGGUUGAAGACAAACAGCUUAUUACUGAGCUGGUCGUAAGCAGAAUGAACCAACUGUUGUCUAAAACACCUGUACCAUCUCCUCAGAAACCAACUGCCACUCAGCAGCCACAAAGUGGAUCACUUAAGGAGCCAGAAGCAAACAAAGUCCCACCCCAGCGACCACCUCCUCAAGGGGGCCCAGUGCAACCCCAAGGAAUGCAAUCACAAAGCCAGGAGCCAUUGCAACCACAGCGUGCGUUCCCUCCGGGGCAGUCAGCAAAGCCCUCGAGUUCCCUGCCUCCACGUCCACCGGGCCCUGCAAUUCAACCACGUGCUCAGGCCCCAGGUCCUUCAAGCGCUGGGCCACCUGCGGACACAGAGACGAAACCCUCCACAGCUCCACCUCAGAAACCUCCAGCACAUCCGCAACUGAACAAAUCACAGUCUCUGACCAACGCCUUCAACUUCACUGAGUCAUCCUUCUUUCGGUCAUCUGUGAACGAGGACGAAGCAAAAGCUGAAACCAUCCGAAACUUGAGAAAAUCCUUUGCCAGCCUCUUUUCUGAUUAGCCAUAUAAUGUUUGGUUUUGUGCGUCUGUAACACAUUUCAAAGUUUACCGCCAACAUAAUUUUGCAAACAUAAUUUCCUUGUGAAUGACCCUCCUUUGCUGUUCCAAGUGUUGUAUUAAGCAAUAUGCUAAACUAUUUUUAAUAAGGGACUAUAAUGAGAUAGACUUCAGGUAUUGGGGGGGGGACACACCCGGCUUUUUUAAAAAGCCAGAGAGGAAAAGCUAUACAGCAGAAUGCUUAAAGUCCUCAUCAACUGUGAUAAUGUGGCCUUACCGUGAAAUGCACUAGGUCAUCACAUUGGACUCCCCUGUGUGAAAUCAUUAGAGCAACACACCAUUACAUAGUGAGUUUUCUCCAGCAUUCAACUCACUGCAUGUUUGUUUGUUUGUUUGUUUGUUUGUUUUGUUUGUUUCAGGUGUUUUGUUCUGCAAGGGUACAGUCUUUAAACCUGCUUUCUUGCCCCCAGAUCUUUAGGGUACAGCUUCACAGGGCUGUUUCCUGUUAAUCUCCUUCACCUUGUGAGUAACUAAGGCAGUUUUCUACCCCAGCAAGCUUUCCGUCAGAUGAAUGUAUCGUUCUGAUAUGCUGCUAGGAGCAAACCUUGGAAUCAACCAUUGUUCUAGAGCUUUGUGUCUAUAAUAUUGUAUCCCCAUAUGUCUGUUAGACAAUUUUUUUGCAAACUGUUAAUGGUAGCCUUUGAUUUGUAAAAGACCAUGCAUGAGCUCAUGUUCUCCAUAGUUCCAUGUUACCUUCCAAUAAAUGCAAAACCCUU